AUGGCCGAUACACCCCCACCUGUGACGCAAGAGCUGUGCGACUGGAUUCACAGGCUGUGUUUGUCCGACAUCCCCGAGGAAAAGGUGACAAGAUGCAAGUAUUUGAUCUUAGAUGGGCUUGCGUGCGCCUUGAUCGGGGCGCAUCUACCCUGGUCUGAGGAUGCCGUGAAAGGGGUUCUUUCGAUUGAACCGGAAGGCAGCUGCAAUAUAAUCGGGUGGGAAAGGAAAAUCGGACCGCUAGCAGCAGCUCUUCUCAACAGCACAUUCAUCCAGGGCUUCGAACUCGAUGAUUACCAUCGGGAAGCCCCGAUCCAUUCCAACUCCAUCGUUCUCCCGACAUUACUCGCCACGAUCGAACACUGCAAUCCACAAUCCGCAACAGACACCACCCCUCUAACGGGGGCCGAAUUCCUCCUCGCAGCGAUUGUAGGCUUCGAGACAGGCCCACGAGUCGGACUCGGGGUAUACGGAAUCGAGGUUCUCUCUCACGGAUGGCACUCCGGCGCAAUCUUUGGCCCCUCUGCCGCCGCAGCCUCAGCAACGAAGCUGAUGCAGCUAUCUGCCCCGAUGAUCGAAGACGCGGUCGGUAUUGCCUGCACCCAGGCGGGUGGAUUGAUGUCGGCUCAAUACGAGAGCACUGUCAAGCGGAUGCAGCAUGGCUUCGCAGCGCGGAACGGCCUGUUCGCCGCCUUCAUGGCGCGCAGUGGGUACACGGGCAUCAAGAAAGUCCUGGAGCGACCGUAUGGCGGGUUCCUGAGUACCUUCAGUCAGGGGAACGGACGCACCCCUCCCUACCAGCCCGAGCGGGUGGUGGAGGGAAUUGAUUCCACGUGGGAAAUCGAUCAGAUCUUGGUCAAACCGUAUGCGUCUAUGGCUGCGACUCAUGGAACCAUUGAUGCGAUCAGUGCGCUGCAAGCCAAGUAUCCAGGAGAGCUGAAGGGAAACCGAAUCCGCCGAAUCAACGUCGAGCUAUCAGAACCAGCCUUCAAAAAGGGAGGUUGGGAGCCGAAAUACCCUCUCACCGUUACGGGGGCGCAGAUGAGUUGCGCCUACGCGGCCGCGAUGCAGAUACUCGAAGGAGCCGUACAACCAGCCCAGUUUGCGCCAGCUCAGCUGGAGCGGCAGGAUGUGUGGACACUCAUGGGGAAGAUCAAGUGUGUUCACAACCCAGAUUUUGAUCAUACCAUGGCUGCGAUCUGGCAGCAACGUGUGCAUGUCGAGCUAUGGGAGGGGGACGAGCAAUCGGGAGAGUCGAAGACUCUGGUGCAAUACAUUGACGCACCCCGUGGCAACAAGGUGCCACUUUCCAAUGAGGAGAUCUUGGGGAAAUGGCGGUCCAAUACAAAGGAUGUGAUUGACCAGGAGCGACGGGAGGCUAUUGAGAAACUGGUGCUUGGGCUGGAGGGGGUGGAUGAUGUUCGUGGACUGGUUGAAUUACUCCGCCGUCGGACUGGGAAUGUGUUUGAUGCUGCGAGUGGCCAUGGACAUGGUUAUAAAUCUGUUGGCAGCAAGAUAUGA